AUGGGAAAUGGUUACUUAGCUCAAAGAGGACAGCGGAUUCUGACAAAAACAAAUCUUCGUAACGUACUGCUCAUUGGAGUUUUAUCGAGCGUGCUGCUUGUUACAUAUUAUCUACUUCAGAGCUCUCGACGACAUCACAAGAAUGAUAUAAGCUGGAAAAUAAAUCCAUAUUUCACCAAACAAGAACCUUAUCGUCGACGUUUCUCAUGUUUGCUCUCUCGCAAACGUUGCGACCAAAACGCAUUCCUAUUCAUCUUGGUGCUUUCUGCCCCUGCUAACUCGGACAGGAGAACAGUCAUUCGGAGGACAUGGGGGAAUGAUCGAUCACUCCAAAUGAGAUGGAAGACCGUAUUUCUCGUUAGUCAAGCUUUAGACAACAACAAUCAGAGUGAAAAUAUGGCCGCCGAGGGUACGACAUACGGAGAUAUCAUACGAGGAAGUCACAUUGACCAUUAUUACAAUUUAACUCUGAAGACGCAAAUGGGUCUCGAGUGGGCGGCAGGAUAUUGCGAUUUCAGUUAUCUCCUCAAAGUGGAUGAUGAUGUAUUUGUUAAUCCCUAUAACUUGUUGGACCACCUGGAAAAGCCUGACACCCAAGUAACUAACCUUUACAUGGGACGCUGUUUCCACAACGCGCCUGUUCUACGUGUUGGCAAGCACCGAAUGACCAGAGAAGAGUACAGUGAGUCUACUUUUCCAACUUACUGCAACGGGCCAGCGUAUUUGUUAUCGUCAGAUUUAGUCCACAAAUUAGUGGAAUUAUUUGACACUUAUACCCCUUUUAGACUCGAAGAUGUUUAUAUAGGCAUGUUAAUACGUAAAAUAGGUGGAGUUGAGGCUGUAGGUCACUCAGGCUUUCGCACUCAGGAAUUUGGUGAGCCGUGCAAACAUUUUCCAAAUAUGUUUGCUUAUCACGAAGCUUCCGUAAAGUGUUCGGCGGAAUUGUUUGAAGAAGGGAUCAAAGAGAGACUAGCUUCAGAAUUUAGCAAAUUGGGAAAUGCUACAGGCUAAACUGGUUUGAAAUAAGCAGAAAAUAACGAUUUAGCGGUGAUCUACUUAGAAGAUGACAAAGAAGAACAUUUAAACCAGGAUUUUGAUAGCAAAUUAAACCCAAUUAGGACAAGUUGUGAUAGAAGCAGUAGUAGAAGCAGCGUAAUAGUUAAUAACUUCCUAAAACAGAAUCAGUUAGAAUCGACAAAGAAUACUAUUCUAUUGGUCCAAUUGAAUUGGACCAAUCAGGGGUGCUUUUAGCUUGAAGAACGAUCUUGACACCGCGUAGAAAAAAACCUCUUACGAAGAAAUAUUAUUUCUGUUAAUAGCGUCAAUUGUAAUAAUAAUAAUAAUACUUAUACUAUUACUACUUCUAUCAAUAAUAAUAAUAAUGACGAUGAUGGUUUACUAACAGCAUUUUCAUUACAACAUAGCUCUACAUGUGUUAGGAAAUAUAAUGCCAUAGUUUAUGUAAAUGCAAAUAAGCAUUAUGUUAAAAAUAAUCAAUGAAUAAUUAAAUUCUCAAAUGCGGCUUCUGUGCUUAUGCCUAUGACUGAUUUCUUCAUGUGGGUUCAAAAAACAUAACUAACAAACAAACUACAUAAAUAAACAAAGACUUAGAAGUAACACGUCCCCUCAGUCCAGUUGUUGUUGUUGUUGUUUUCUUCUAUCUGCUUUCUGGUCGAAUUGGAACUUCGAGAUGUUAGUUUUUGAGAAAAGGGGAAAUAAUAAUAAUAAUAAUAAUAAUAAUAAUAAUAAUGGAAUUUAUAUAGCGCUUAUACAUCGCUGUUCUAAGCGCUUUACAAUGUAAAAAGGACAUAAGAAUAUCAUUAAGCACAAGCUUACAUAUAACCCUACUGUACAUAUUGGGAAAUUUAUAGCAUACACAUCUUAAAAAGGAAAGAAAACAAAAACAAAUAUGAUGAAACUAGAUGUCAUAUACCUUUUUAAAAAGAAACGUUUUCAACUUCGAUUUAAAAAGAUUAACAUCAGAACAACCUCGGAUUUCAAAGGGGAGCUUGUUCCAAAGAAAUCCGGAUUAUACAGAAAAAAAAGACACUCUCGAAGCAAAGGAGAGAACCAGCAACAAACGUAACCCACACAUGGCGUCGAUGCCUGCUUUUUGGGCGUAGGUCACAUAGGUCGGAGGUGAGCGCUCUCAUCACUGCGAAAUGGAGCAAGCUAGGGUGGCGUACAUUCGAUAUGAGCAAGAAAGAUUGAUAGAAGGAAAGCUAUAAAAUGUGCUCAUCGAACCUCAGACAGUACAAGCUGCUACUGUUCCUCACUUUUACAGGAAAGCGUCGUUACAACGAUUCGACGUUAAAGAAAAAAAGAAACAACAGGAAAUUAACAGUUGAAUUAUAUUAAGGUUCUGGAAGAGAAUUAUCGGACUCCGGGAUUUUACCGAAGUACAUACGUGAAAAACGCAACAUUUAUUGACUGGAUAGGGAGUUCCCAAUAGGGUUCUUCAAUCCCGUGAUCCCGACUCCACAUUUCGUGCAAUCACGUAAUCCCAAUGUUUCUUUUUUUUCGGCAUGCCACCUCCAGCGAUAGUUUCAAUCCCGAAUCUCGCCCGGAUUUUUCUUUAAAAUCCCGAAUCCCGAGAUUCAAACAAGAGAAUUCCCGGAUCCUGAAAGAUCUCUUAAACACUAUCUCGGUAGGGAUUUUGCCGGUCCGAAAACGGGACUCGGCAAAGUCUCGGCCAGGGAUGCGUUACGGAAAAGAAAAUGGUGUUUGCAAUAGAGAUGAUGAUUGUCGCAAAAAAAAAAGGAAUUUGGAAUGCGGGAUCAGAUGCCUCUUUCCAGAAGCUGUAACAACGAUGCUUUCCUUUCCGUCUUGAAAUUCGGAAUCCAUGGAAAUAAGUAGUUUUGGUUUUUGCUUCUGUUUUUCUUUUCACAGGAGAAGAAGCAGCCUUCUGUACAGUGUGCCGACAACAAAUGUGA